UGGCAAGCGGCGGCGGCUGCGCAGGCGCAGGAAGUUGCGUGCUUUUGUGUUUUGGUCCAGGAGGAGGAGGGAAAGACGGAAGUUGGAGGCCGCAUCCCCUCCUUUCCCCCCCUCAGCAGCCUCAGCGCACCGUGAGGUACCGGAGCAUCCUAAAGCCCUCAUAUCCCCUCACCUUACCCACCCGCAACCGGAAGGACCAGGCGCUCGCCGGCUCCCCUUCAGUCAGACACUCGCCGGGGGGCGGAAGUGGCGAGGAGGCCGCAGCUUCCCGUCAGGGCCAGGUAACGACUCGGUGGGGCCGGCCGGCCGGGGUGCGGUAUGGCGGGGCGUGGGGGAAGAGACGGAAAGGCCUUAACGAAAGAGGCCGGGACCCCCCCCCCUCCGCGCGCGCUUUUCGCUCCUUCCUCAUUUUCUCCUCACCGCCCCUUCCUUCCGACAGCGGCGCCCCGAAUCCGGCGGUGUCGUCGUUUUUAAGUCGGCCGGAUUCUCCUUUCCACCCUCAAAAUGGCGCCCCCGUUUCUCCCACUUCCUCUUAUUCCCGGGCCAGCGAGUGAGGCGGGGCCGGUGGGAGAGUCGGCUGGAGGAAUGAAUGGGGAGGGCCGCCCGGUCCGGGAGCGACUGAAGGGUUGGAUUUCGGGGUGCGGGGAGGCCGACGCAGCCAUCCCGGCUAGCAGAGAGCAAAGCGAGGGAGGGAGGGAAGGCUGGCUUACGGGGCCUCUCCAGGAAAGAGUUAAAAAGAAAAAGCGGCGUGUUUCGCUCUGCAGACUGGCCGGGAGGGAAAGGCAACUCCUUCCUUUCAGGUUUCCCACGCUUGUGGCGAAUUUUGAUGUGCAAAAGGUGUCUAGGUGGAGAUAGAAUUAAGAAAGUAGCUUGUUUGUUUUAUCUCUGUGGACGCUUUGCGGUCCUGGUUUGAUUAUCCUGUGGUGGCAGUGUGAGAUCAGGGUAAGAAAAACUUGUUUUUGUGUGUGUGUUUUUUAAAUCCAAGCAAUUCCAGGUGUAUCGGGGGCACGAUCUCCUGAACAGUUCUUAACAUGUGCAGAUAGAGACUAGUAGGUAUUAACGUUGGCUUCAUCUUUUAAAGCUGCUUGAAAGAAAAUUUAAGGCUUGAGCAAUUUGAAUGUAGCACAGGUAGUUACAACAUCAUCACUUCCAGUUCCUUACUAUGUCAUUUAUAUAGCUGUCCAUCAGUUAAUGACUGAAUUGGAGGCAAAUCGUUAAAUUUGAGCACUUAGGAUUAAUAUGUGUCACCCACUUCUUUGGUUGGUUGGUUGGUUGGUUGAUCAAUGUCUGGGAUGUACAUGUAAAGUGCAGUAAUGUUUAAAACAGCUUAAGUGGAAAUCCCUUUAUUUUAAACUGUUUCAGAUACUUUGUGCUGUUCAAAUCUGUUAAUUUAUGUAAAGAUUUGUUUCUGUGCAAUAAGGAGUCUGCAGCUACAAUGCAAUGUGUAUGUGAAUAGUCAGCAGACAAAUGCAUUAGAUAUCUAUGUAAAAGUAUUGAGUAGUUGAUAACUUGUUGGGCGCGCACUUCGUUUUCCCAUACAAACUCAUUUUGUAUGCAGUAAAAUUUACCACAAAUAACAAUGUGAAGCACUACUCUAAUAAACUAGUAAUUCUUUGAGAGUUAAAAUAUUGAGAAAUAAUUUAGAACAUAUACAAAGCACAGAAAUAAUAAAGUUACAAUUUCAUACCUUACUGAACAAUUCCAUAUAUUAAAUAAACAACAAAUGAUAUCUUCCUAAACACACUUAGGUAGCAAUCACAUGUACAGUAAAGACUGAAUUGCUUGAAACUGACUUCUGAAUAAAAAUGCAUAAGAUUAGGUUGCAUAGCACCAACGUUUUAGUGAAUUUGGAUGAAAAUUCUUUCAUGUAUCCCUCCAACUUGGGCCCCUAUUUAUAUCUAUUUUCUUACACACAGGAAUCCCAUUGUUUUUUGUCCCUCAAUGAAAUGGUAUUAUCAGAGGGUCCUCCUGCUAUUUUAUGAUGUAGUGUACAGUACUGAUUGAUUUAUCACAGUUUGGUUAUUAUUUUCAUAUAUGUAUUUAAACUUGAAAAGAGUUAAGAAGUAUUCAAUGCUGCAUUAACAAGUAAACUAAUAUUAAAGCUGGACAUUUUGAUAAGAGUUACAGCAGCUUUUCAUUUUAACUACUUGCCAGAUAUUCCAUGCAGGUCAGGCUGUGGGUUGAUGGAGGAAGAAUGGCCUCUUCUGUCCUUUAUCUGCCACUUGCUUGGUCUCCAUGCUGGCCACAAAGGAAGCGAAGCCACUUAUUCCUUGGCCAGCAGGAAAGAGCAAGAAAGUGGAGAAGGGACAUAGAAUACCAUGUUCCUCCUUUACCAGCUUGCUUGGCUUCCAUGAAUCCUCUUCCUUCCCAGUCAUCACAUGUCCAGCAUAGAAAUGAAGAGGGCUGGUGGAUGAGGCAGGUAACAUUAUGUCCCCUCCCCCACCAGGUGAUUGCAUUUAUAAAGUGCAAAUGAUUUUACUAACCUGCUUUUUACUUCUAAGGGGGCUUGCAAAGGAGAGAUGGAGUUCUCAAUUAUCCAUCAGCCUCAUGAAUAAAUAAGCAAAUGAGUGUAAAAUCUUGCAAGCUAAUAACUGACAGUUGUAUUGUAAUCCUAAAUCAUGAUAACGUUAUAAAAAUAUUUAUUUUCCCAAUAUAUGGAGAACGUUUGGCAUUCAUAUGAAUGCCGAAGUAUAUCUGAAAUUAGAACUAGUACAUCUGUAAGUCCAGAUAUUUUGUUUCUUUUUAUGAAACAUCAUUGUCUUAGAAAAUGUUGUAAUUUAGUUCCACUCUAUGUGGGUUCAGGGCAUCAUCUAAGUCAAGGGUACACAACCCACGGCCCUCCAGAUGUUGUUGGACCACACCUCCCAUCAGUUUAAGGUGGAGCAACCAAUUUUAUGGAAACAGAAGUUAGCAAGAAAUUGUAAAAUAUUUAGUAAGCAUUUUAAAAUGCUGCAGGAAUAACCAGUUUAGCCAAAGUAGAAAGUUUUAUGGUAUCGCCAGAAUACAUGCACACUUGGAACAUUGGUGGAGCUUGGGACAAAGGUUUCCACCCACUGGGAAUGCUACUUUUAUGUGGUAUUCGGACUUGUUAGAUGUAUGUUGUAUGUAAGCUAAGACAGUGAUCAGGCGAAGGGCAGAAGGUAGUAAUAGGAUUCAAGCUUGUUAUAUUACUUGAAAUCAAAACAUGAACCUUGAUUUGUGUCAAUAACGUAUGACAGGAUGGUGGUGCCUGAACACUCCGCUAUCUGGAGGUGCAUGCCUGGGGAUCCUUGGCUCUUGUCAGUUUUCACACACUAGCAACAGAUCCUGUAGAAUUCUAUCCAUUAUAUUUUAUCUGCACAAUCAGAAUGAAUUUCAGGAACCAAAAAGUUGUAUUGAAAAAUACGGUUUUCAAGCUGUCUGGCCCCAGAUUGGCAAAUAGCUAUUCCAUUUUGGCAUCUGUAAACCUGUUUAAGGAGCCAUUUGGUGCCUAGCUUAUAUAUCUGAGCUUCUGGCACUGGACUGUGUACAGAUGAUGAACCAUGGGGUGAUGUACUCUCAGCAACUUGUCCACAUCGAGAGGGUUGGACUGGAAUGGUUUUUAAGGGCAGUUUCAUAUAAAACAAGCUACAGUCGUCAAUUCUCAUGGUUAUAAAGGCAUCACUUAUUACAUUUUUAUUUCACCUUAUCAGAACUUUGGGCUGCAUACAGGGUUGCCAUUCUCAGCCCUUGUUUCUUCAAACUUAAUCAGUGUAAGUUUAUCGUUGAGUGGAGGCUGAAUCUGGGUUUUCUUGGUACUGGUCCAACACUCUACCCACUACACCAAACUAGUGACCUAUGAAUGAUGAUUGUUGACCUAAUCCAUAUCUUAGAGAUGUUCACAACCAUUCACCAGGCACAUUGUGUAAAAGUAUGUUUCUGCAGUCUGGACUUUGUGAUUCAGUGAUGGCUCCAAGAGCACCCACAGCUGAGAAUCUAUAUAACUAGGAGGAUUGAAUACUAUCUAUUAUUAUUUUUACCCCUCAAGUUGCAGUAUUUGCUGAUCAUUGCUCCUUCCAAGUGUAAGCUUGUUUUGUGCAUUUUGAAAGUAGGAAUGAAUAAGGCAACACAAACUUUUAGGUGUAAGACUUAUAGCAGUCUUAAUUGAAAUCCAUACACGCAAGAAAGAUAUCUUUUUAUUUAUUUAUUGAAUUUAUAUACCGCCAUAUACCAUAGGUUUUUAAAGCCCUAUUUCCAAUGUUGCAGUACUCAUUUGUCAAACAAUAAACUCUGAGCUCUUAAAAUUAUUAUCUGUAUUAGUAUAGAAAUUUGUAGUAUGGUCUAGAAAUCCAGAUAGAAAACAGCUAAGCUAUUCAUGUUUUUAAUGGGAAACUUCUAUGUUGGAGCUGAAUAGAUGUUUCUCAGGUGAGCUGGGUUUUGCUAACCUGCUUGACAAGGAUGAAGCUAUAUAAAGGAAAAUGUUGUUUGAGGUUGAGGAAACCAUUUCAUUCUUUCAAAGUUACAAGUAACCAUUACGAUAAGUGGAGAAGCAACCAGAGUCUUGUUACACCCAUCCUUUCAGUAUAGUAUCAGUUUCAUUUUGUCCAGGAUAUAGAAAGGUGCCACUGAGCUGAGUAAGGCCUGAUUAAUGCAGAACAGGAUGUGAAAUAGUUGACGAUCCAGUGGAAUAAUUCUGAGGAAAUUCUUAAGCAGUCAGACAGGAUUUAUAUGCAGUGUUUAUGUUGACUCUGAAUAUGUCCCACUGCAUUAAAUGUUUAAAUGGUAAGUGUCCUUCCAGCAUUUACCGCCAGAGGCUGUCGGAGACAUAAGCAGUCCCAUGAGGAAACUCUGUGCUGUAAAGGACUUAACAUCAGGCUACUUAGGCACUUGUAUACCAAUAUUAUUUCCUAAGAGACCUGCUGUGGUCCAGAGGUUCAGCAUCAGAGUGGCAGUUAAAAGAUUUUAGAACUAGGGGAAUGCUUGUAGCACUUUUUUGACAGCAGUUUGUAUACCCAGCAACAGAGAAAAGCUGUGAGAGACCAAAGCAGCAGUCCUGUGAGGAAGCCCUGGCCUAUGUGAGACCUAAUAUCCAACUACUCUUAAUCAGUAAUUUGUAGGAGAUUCAGCUACACAGUGAAAUUGGAAUAUAUAAGAACUAGAGAUAAAACCAUAUACACCUUUGCCUUGCCCUAAAAAUUAUCGCCUUUUUAAAGUAUUUUAAAUAUACUGUAAACCACUUCAGCAAGUUCAGUUAGUAGGCAGGAUUUAAGUACAAUGAAUGGGCCUUCCAUCCUCACGAAUAUUUAGUCACAAAUAGCUGUGUGUGUUUUAAAAGGUAGCUGAUGAUGACCAAUCCAGGAUCCAGAGCAUACCACAGUCCACAUGAAAAUGGUAGUGAAUAUUAGCUGGGUUUAGGCAAAGAUGAGAACCUUGUUGGCACCACAGAACAGCGAGGAUGGGCUUGGUCCUCAUGGUUGCUGUUUUCAAAUUUGGCAGACAUGUUAAACAUGACCUUGUAUUUUCUUGUUUGCAGUGACAUAGUAUCAUAAAGAAACCUUAUGUAGGUAGGGGUAUAAUUAGAAUGACUAGCUGGCUCUACCUCAUUUUUCACGUUCUUGCUGCCCUCUACAUGUUGGAGGACAAGUGUCUGUGGCAGGCAUUCUGCCGUACGUGUGGAGACUUGCUGUACAAGUUAGAAUCCUGAUCUGGAUUGUGUUGUGACUGUUAUGCAGGGUUACUGUGCGGAUGUGACAUAUAGAAUGCUUGUCAUCACACAAAUGUGGCAGCCCCACACACUUUAGGAAAUGCCACCUAAUAUUCAUGGGCAAGGGGCAACUAUUUCUACUCCCUCCUAGCAUGUUUGUGGAAGCACUUUGAAUGUGAUCAUCUGGAUUUUGAACAAACACUUGUUGAAACUGUUGUCGUUCUGUGAAUAUAUUGCAGAAACAAUUUAUAUAUUGGUUCACACAGUAUUUAAAGUUGCAGGCUGCAUUAAAACAAUUAGGAUUUGAAUUUGAUACUGUUUCUUAGAUCAACAAAUUAUUAUUCUUGUGAAUUAUCUUUUUUAAAGUUGGGGCAUGCGUGAGAAUUGGUAACCAGAGGGUAGACAAUGACUGAUGAGUUAGGGGAGAAAGUGGGUAUUUCUGUAGAAGUUGCUAUGUAGAGCAGGUAGAAUUCAGUUGGAGUUAUUGUAGCAGACAAACUGGAAACCUGUACUAACACGCAGGGGGUGGAGGGAAUGUGGUCAGUGAAAAACUUGCUAUCUCUUUGCUUACUCAAGUCUUUCGCCAAAUGUCUCUAACAGGGUUUUUGGUUAGUACACAAAAACCCAGCAGUUGCUGUGUCUGAAAUCUACGAUAAAGCAGGCUUGUUGCAGCAACUGAUAAGUUCCUGUGCAAACCAGCUCUGUUGGAUCAACUUGCAAAGAGACCUGAUAAAUGGUGUGGCAUAGCAAUUCAGGUUGAGCCACAUUUGGGCCAAAGGAGAGGGGAAUUAACAGAUCAUCCACCCCCCUUAACAUUAUUGGUCCUCCCAUAAACAUUCUUGGUCCUCUGCCAAGUACAUUCCCUUGGAAUACCACUUGUAGAGGGCUGAGUUAUUGAAGUUCAUGGUCAGUUGACUUCAGCCUGUCAAAAGAUGAGAGACUCCCAGACCAACCUACCCAACUCUUUAUCUCCUUAUUCUACCCUAUUCCUAGCACAUACUCAUCAGCCUCUGUUGUUGGGCAAGCUGAAAUGGUCAGUGCUAUAACAUGUGCAUUAGAGAAAGAUUUCUUAGCUAUUUUGUGUAUUCCAGUCCCAGUGACAAUACAGCCUGUGGAGUCCACCAGAUAGGCACCACUGCUAUCCACAGAGACAGUCAAGGUCUGCAUUAGUGUGCCUGAAGCUAUUUUUAAUGUGAAUAAAAUAGUUAACGGGUCACAAGAGCUUCCUUAGUUGUGAGGUUGUUAGUUGGCACAUUAUGGUUAUAUGAUGAACCUUAAUUCCAUCUACUAUGAGGGAUACAAUGUUCAGCAUAAUUGAGAUAAUCUAUCUAUGCUGGGGGGGAUCAUUCUCUUCUGAGGACUGCUAAAAUGUAACAGUCAGUUUAUGAAUUGCUGUGAACAUGAACAGAGUAGAGUAGACCAGGCAAGGCAAGGCAUGUCCAAAGUCCGUUUGGGGGGCCUAAUCCGGCCUGCCGGUCGAUUUAAUCCGGCCCCCGUGGUAGUAUUUCGCCCCCUCAACAACUUCAAUCCUAAAAAAAGCUCAACAACUCUCACGCAUGUUCACUUCAUCAAAUCUGGCCCUCUUUGAAAAAGGUUUGGGCACCCCUGGAGUAGACGCAUACCUAAUUUGGAUGGAUAUAUUUUAUUGCCUAACAAAUGUGCCUAACAAUUUUAUUGCGAAACAACAACAAAAAUGUGGUCACUAAUUUCUGAAUACUGUUUUGUGAAACAGGUUAUUUGAGUUGAAGGCACAUCGAGGUUCACAUCCUGGAAUCGUCUUUUUAAGAAUCUGAAACAAGGGACUCCUUUCUAGUUUGGACAUGGCCAACCGAGGAGCAACUAGACCCAAUGGGCCUAAUGCUGGAAAUAAAAUAUGUCAAUUCAAGUUAGUUCUUCUGGGAGAAUCUGCAGUCGGCAAAUCAAGUCUGGUGCUUCGUUUUGUAAAAGGCCAGUUUCAUGAGUUUCAAGAGAGUACGAUUGGAGGUGAGAAAAUGUUGUGUAUCUAUGUAUAUUACUGUAUAUUUAUUGGGAAUUGUUACUGCUGUCAAUUGUUACUGCUGCAAACAUUGCACAAGCAAACUUCCCCUUCUCUCUCCUCCCUUGCUGUACAGUGGUGCCCCGCAAGACGAAUGCCUCGCUAGACGAAAGAGUUUUCCGUUUUUUGAGUCGUUCCACAAGACGAAUUUCCCUAUGGGCUUGCUUCGCAAGACGAAACGUCUUGCGAGUUUGUUUCCUUUUUCUUUAAGCCGCUAAGCCGUUAAUAGCCGCUAAGCCGCUAAUAGCCGUGCUUCGCAAGACGAAAAAACCGCAAGACGAAGAGACUUGCGGAACGGAUUAAUUUCGUCUUGCGAGGCACCACUGUAAUCCUCCCCAUGCCACCAAAUUUGCUCUAGAAGGCCAUCCAAAGCAGAUUUUAAUGUGGGGGACAUUCCAUCAAAGAUUUCUUGUUUUGAAGGCAAGGCGGACCUGUUGUAUUUUAUCCAGUGCUUUAGUUAUUUUUAUUUGUCCCAUAUUUUUGUUAUGUUGUGAAUAUUGCAUAUUCUUGAAUUUUUCUGUUGAUCGAAAGGUAACUUUUAAUUUUAUUUAAGCUUCUGCUGUAACAGGUUUGUGUAAGCUUGAGUUGUGUCGAAAUCAAGGUGUACACAUACAGCACUCUUCCCCAUUGUGAUGCCCCCUAGUGUGUCCUGGCUGCGGGGUUGAAGACAUGGAGGGCGCCAGGUUGUUGAAGCCAAUCUACAGCUGACAACAGAUACUUGCAUUAAAGUUUUUGAAAGACAGGGGUAAAUGGGUUUAAUAGCUCACUCAUAGAUAGUAAGAUAGAAAAUUUCCUAGUAAAGUGUGAGGUGGUGCUUUGUGUGCAAAAUGUAGUAUUGUUCUUUCUUUUAAAAGCAGUUGCCUCCUUCAUUAAGGAACUACAGCUUCUGCAUAAAGAUCUGGGCUAGUUGUGGCAUGGGUAUAUGAGCUCAUAUCUACUUUAAUUCGUAUUCAGCUUAUUUGAAACUAGAUGCUGCCUAACACCUGUAAAAAAAGGUAAAGGACCCCUGGAUGGUUGAGUCCAGUCAAAGGCAUCUAAGGGGUGUGGCACUCAUCUUGCUUCAGGUCGAGCGUUUGUUGGUAUGCUGUUCAUUGUGUUCCUGAAAACAGCUGUAAGUCUGCAGUCCUGUUGUGCUGCCCUCUGUAUGCCAACCACUAUAUAACGCCAAGGUCACAGGUUCAAUCUCUAUAUGAACCAGCUGCAUAUUCCUGUAUUGCUAGAUGAUCCUUGAGGUCCCUUCUAACGCUACAGUUCUAUGAUUCUACGAUAUACAACAGCAUUUGUGAGGUGAUUUGUGGCUAACUUGUACUUCCCAAGAUAUUUAAACUCUGCCAGAAGGCUUUGUCUGUUUCAAGAACCCAUCAUACCUCUCAGACUUAAGGCUUGUAUGUUGUAUAUGUGACCAGGCUUUCCUGAUUAGAGCAACUGUAGUAUCCUACCUAAUUGUUUUUUCUUGGCUUUGUUUUUUGCAGUCUUCAGACGACUAGACCAUAAAAAUGUACAUAAUGAACAUAAGAUUUUAGUUCAGUUCAUUCAUUCAUUUCCAGCUUUGUAUUCUUGUUAUAAAAAGCACACCUAGACAUUCCAUUGUUGCAUCCAUAACCAUCUAGGUGCAGUUUAGCUCCUAGCUUUCAUGUCUCAGUUUCUAACAUCUGGAGAGCCACAAUUUUGCAUACCUGUUACCCCUACUGCUCCUUCCUCCCUGCAGCCCACAGUGUCCCCUUCAAAUCUGUUCCUGCAGAUCCUGAACUGAUUUGGAGUAGCACUGGGGGCUGCAUUGGGGGUGGGAAUCUGUGGCUCUUGUGAUUUUGCUACCUCUUUCCCUCACCAUUGCUCAUAUAUACUGCAGUUGAUGGGAGUUGGGAGUCAACAUCUGAAUUCCACUCACUAUAUUCAUCUCCUGGCAAAAAGAAAAAGAAAAAAAGAAUGUUCUACAUAUGAAAACAUUUCUUUCGUUUUCUACUGCGAUGUGGGAUUGUGAUUUAUUGUAUGUUGUACACUUCAGAUGUUUUUUAACGUUAAGUGGUUUCCAGAUAAAAUAAAAAGUAAUGAGCAUACGUAGAGUCACAAAUCCUAUUGCUUUCUUUUCUCUUUAGCUGCUUUUCUAACACAGACCGUAUGUCUUGAUGACACAACAGUAAAAUUUGAGAUUUGGGACACAGCUGGUCAAGAAAGAUAUCACAGUUUGGCACCAAUGUAUUACAGAGGAGCCCAAGCAGCUAUAGUUGUAUAUGAUAUUACCAACGAGGUAAUGUGUGAACUAAACUGAAUGAAUCUGCUUAGUUUUUUAGUGUUGCAUUUGUUAUUGAGGUAUUCGUGAAUUGUUUUUUAAAAGGGGAAAUUCUUAAUAGUUCUGUUUUUAUGUUCUAAGUUCAAUUUACGGCCAGUUUCUGGCUGACUGAUUUGUUUUUGUUUGUUUGUUUGUUUUGGGAUAACUAUAUUUUUGGUAUACCUUUCAUAAUGUAGGUUGAUUCUUUAGCAGAGUUUCAUGGAUUGUUUUAAAACUCGUAUUUUAUUUUAAAUUUGUUGAAUCCUGUUUUGAUUUUGUAUAAAGUAAAAUAAUCAUAAUUUAAAGGCUGCAUUAUGAAGCUUUAUCUAAAUAGUAAUCUUUAGUUAUCUUCAAAAUUCAAUUGAUGCAAAGAGGAUUUCCUCCUCAAGUAAAUAUAAGUAAAAUUUAGGGGUUUGCUAAUUAAAAUUGUUGUAACAAAAGGGGUAUGGAGAGAAGGGAUAAUAUUAUAAUGUGCUUUUGGGUAAUGAGCGCCCACCAUUGCUCUUUUUCUAAAUUCUGAUUGUGGUAUAAACCAAUGAAGGUGGAAAAGAAUAAAUGAGCUUUUUUCCCUUUCUUUAAAUGAUUAACAGGAAUCCUUUGCAAGAGCAAAAAAUUGGGUAAAAGAACUCCAGAGGCAAGCAAGUCCUAACAUUGUAAUAGCUUUAGCAGGAAAUAAAGCUGAUUUAGCUAACAAAAGGGCUGUAGAUUUUCAGGUAAGUUAUGUCUCUUAUAUUUGAUCAGAAGUUCUGGUUUUUCUGGAAUAUUAUACAGAACUUUAAAGCCCUCUCAGUCAUGCUAUUGUUUUGCUGCAGGUCUUUGGCAGCACUGACCUUUUAUUUUGUUAACUUGUGUUGUUCCUACUUCGCUAGCUUUGGAAACCACACACACAAACUUGGGAAUGCAAGUGGUUUAGAAAGCAAGCUGUUUUAAGGAUUUAUUCUACCAGAUAAUUUAUGUGUAUGUUACAAGUGAAGGGGGGCAGCACAACCUUCUUUCUCACAUAAAUCAAUAUAUAAUGGUGUAGGCAGAUCUGAAGAGUAUAGUGUUCUCCUGUGGAGCUACUAGAAGGGAUGGCAGUUUGCAGUGGGGUAAGUUGAACAUUAUGUUUGUACGAGGAUCUGGAGUUAAGGCUCCAUUCAUUCAUGAAGCAGAUAGUGGGCCUGUUUAAACAUCACAGUCUGCCUAACAAGGUUAUUGAAUGUAUGGAAAAGGGGGGAAAUACCUGUGUGUUAACUUUUAAUUUGAAUAUAAACGCAAUAUGUUUAGUGAAAACAAUAUUGGUUGGGUCUGAUACUGCUACCCCAGUGCAUACACUGGAAUGCCAGGGAUUGAAUCUGGGACCCUGUGCAUGCAAAGCAGAUACUCUACCACUGAGCCUUAUUCUGAAAAAUUUCAAGCCGUAAAAACCUGGAAAAUGUCCCUGCACGCACAGUGGUUAUGGGAGGGGCACAUCCUUCUUUCAUUCCCUAUGUAAGCAUUUAUAUGGCUCCUUCUACUAACUGCUUUAAAGGAAGGGUGGACAAUUUAUUACUGAGGGAAGCAUCAACAUUAGAUUGAGAAAUGCAAGUUCGUUGCUAAUUUGAAUACAUGCAAAAUAUAUUCAUGAAUUUAGCAAAUAGCAAAUUUGCUAGUGGUCAAGUUGUGUGUCUUCUACAAUAUUCUUUCCUAAAAUGGGCAAUUUUAGGAAAAAUUUCAGUGUUUUGUCAAAUAUUUAUAUGUUGAGAAUAGUUAGUUUGACUUUAGACUUGCCUCUCUGGAUAAUGUUACUGCUAGCCUUCAGUCUCCUUUCCAAACCUGUAUUUGUAGCCACAAAUGUUAGAAACAUGACUUUUGCAGAACUGACACAAGUAGUGACUGCUCCAGGCUUACGUUGUCUUUGGAGCUGAAGAUAUUCAUGGAUGGUGUGUUAUUCAGCAUAAGCUGGUUUCUCUUUCAUUGUAUUUUAGUGAAGGCCCACUUAACUCUGCAAAGUGCAUUUCUUUUAAGAUGCAUUCUGAGCCAGAAAGAUAACUAAUUUAUGUAAAGGUACUUCUUUCUUUGGUUGGAAGCAGGAAGUAGAGGAUUGGAGGCAGGAAGUAGAGGAUCCUGAAGUCCUGUUGUGCAAGUUGGAUGUUUUCCGACACAGGCAGCACUGUAAUGAUGUCUUUGUCUUCUAAAGUUGCUGUGAUCAUAACAUGCCUUUUCCAUAAUAAAAAUAGUAGUGUGGAGAGACUUUGCAUUCAUGAAAAGCUUGUUUUCUGCUCCUAUUUUAAGAUUUCUGAAUAACUGACACUGAUCUUACUGCAUAGUCCUAUAGCUCUAGAUUCCAGCAUUAAGAUGAUGAGCUUUUCUGGGUUCUGGAAAGGUUACUUGUCAGUGUUGGUUGUUGUUUUUUAAGUUUUACUACUAUUUUUCAUUCCCACAAUUGCUGCACAUUUUCAUACUCACCUGUCAUUUUUAUUACACCAGAAUUGUUUAGAUUUGUGAUUUGCAGUAUUUUUGUGUUGGUACAGAUUUGUGCAGUAGCAUUUUCAAACCCUAAAGACUGAUUUAUUUAUUUUUUAGGGGGCAGGGAAAAGAGCUUAUCACACUUGGCAUGGUGACAUUUAGCCUUUGAAAAGGAAAAGUAGAUUCUAAGCUGGCAGCAAAAAAAAAAUGCUGUGUAUAGUCCACAACUAUAUGAAGAAAUAAUAAACUGGUAUGCUUAAUUUACAGGAAGCACAGUCUUAUGCGGAUGACAACAGUUUAUUGUUCAUGGAGACGUCGGCUAAAACAUCAAUGAAUGUAAAUGAAAUAUUCAUGGCAAUUGGUAAGUAAAGCUUUAAUGGAAGGUACAUUUUUAAAACAUGUUUGUAUGUGCUUCAUUGAAGAGUGUGGGACUUAAUAGCAUUCACCAAACAAGUUAUCUGAUAGUAGUGCUUAAUGGACCCAUUGUUUCUGAGCACUGAUUUGUUUACUCAGUAAGCUUUUGCCAUUCUAAAUCAUACAUUGUUUGACCUUUUACAAUGAACAAACAAGAUAAAUGGCAGUGUUGAGCAAAAUUAGAAUAUUGUGAAGGAAUGUACAAAUCUGAAAAGCUUUAUUUAGUAAUAUCAGGGGAAUGCAGAAUAUUGAAAAGAAAUGUAGAUUUAAGGACCUCAGAGUUAUGACACAACUGGUUUUCAGCCCCCAAUUCUUUUGAGUCUACCAGAAAACAGUACAUUUUGUAUCAUCUGCAGAAUGAAGUAUAUGUUGUCAGCUUGUAUUUUACUAAACCGUGGCUUAAAUCCCUAAUGCCCCUUGAAUGUGGAAGGCAUUUCUGCUGUUUUUGCAUUUGAGGUGCUGAUUUGCCCUUAUAUGGUUGCAGGCUACAUUGUAUGCACAUUUUGUGGGUUUUCCGAACCCUCAUUAGUGGCUUUUUAUAGAGCAUAUAGGGCAGCUGUGGAAAGCAGGGUGGGAAAGCCUGUUGCCUGUGGGGACCACCACACGUUUUUCAUUAAAUCCAGAUAAACUCUGAACUUCUUUAUUGAGACACUGUGUUUGCUCACGUUUGAUUUAAACAGAACCAAAACACAUUGUCCACGUUGCGGGAUAACUUCUCCAUACUGGUGGGAUAAGCCAAGAGUACAGUGUUUUUCCUCUGCUCAUUGGAGCUAGUGAAAUAGAAAGUCACAUAUAUGUUUUCCAUUUUAUUCUGCCCUCAUUUUAUUUGAUUCCUUGGAGUAGGCAGUGGUUAAAAAAGCAUUUCCUUAAUUUCCCCUAUUCUGUGAGCAAUUUGUAGGAAAAUGGCAAGCAUUAGAGAAGUGCCUAUAGGUUAAAAAAAACCCCGCCACAUUUCAGAAGAGCGGAGUAGUUUUUAUACUAGGUAUCUGAAAAGUUGAUUUGGGGUGGGUGGGAUGAAAGCAGGCUUCCCCACUCCGUGGUUUUUGUGGGCAGCAAUUCAUUUUAGUAUAAAAAAUGGUGUAUCAAUGGUGCCCCUUGGAGAGUAACCAGCAAGAUAGAUGCAGGAACUAUAGUUAGGAUAGAUUGGAUGGGGGGGGUGGGGAAGAGAGAGAGAGAGACAGACUUUAAGCUUGUGUUCUGGUCAGUUGGCACCAAAAUUCACAGAAACUAUUAAGUGCAAAGUUGAUUUGACAUGAAUAUGGGCAUGUGGCGCAGAGGCAGAAGGACUUGAAUAUCUAGAAUUUUCUAAGCAAGCACCAUUGCAGAACCAGCAAAAGAGUACAGAACAGACAGGAACAAUAUUGUACAUCGCUUCAUCAUGUCUUCCUCAAAGGCCUGGUAAAUUUAUUCCCUCUGAUUAGAAGCUCCCCUAUCAGCCACAAGAACUGUCUCUCCCAGCCCUGAUGUUUUCCAUACAUGGCAAGGUUUGGGAGAAGUGGAUUGUGUUCAGUAGGUUUUCUCCUUCACCCUUAUGCCCCCAAAUCUCCCCAAGAUUUUGAGGCUGAAGGGGAAAUGAAAGGGAAAAGUUCCAUUGUACAAGUAGAACAGCAGGUUUGUAUACCACCCUAUGGUUUCUGCAGACACACUGCCGUUUUUUAAGGUCCAGGUGACUUUGGAGGUCCCUGAUUUGGUUUGGGGGGUGAUUCAGAGCGGUCUCACUUUGGCGCAGUGAGUCACAUACCUCUCCAAAUUGGCCUGAUUUUACUUAGGAUCCCGUGCAUACCCUUAUGUGCUUGUAUAGAAUUGUCAUUUAUUAGAUGCGGAUGUAUGUAGGAAACGCUUACAGAAAAAGUUUUAAUGCUAGUUUUUAAAAAUUACCUUUCCUUGCAGCUAAAAAGUUGCCGAAGAAUGAACAACAGAAUGCAGGGGCCAACUCUGUCCGAGGAAGAGGAGUAGAUCUUACUGAACCAACACAACCAACUAAGAGUCAAUGCUGUAGUAACUAAACCUUCAGCUGCUUUAAACUGUCUUGAAUAUUCUUCUGCUUCCUAACUUGUUAAUAACGAAGGAAUUUGGAGUGUUUAACCUGGCCCAAUACAGCUUCCAAAAUCGAAGAGACUUACAAAAUAAUCAUUCUGUAUUAGAAACGACUUUGUCCUAAUUUUUAAUAACAUGCAUGUAUCACUGGCUGUUACGUUUCAGCAAAAGAGGGGGGAAAUGGAAGCUGGAUAGACUUGCUUCAGUUGAAAGGUUUAUAAACUGUAUCACAUGUCAUUAGGGAUAGAGACUGAACUACUCCAUGGGUCUGCAGCUAACUGGUUAGUUCCUUAAGCUUUGGAUAUUGGUUACUGUUAGUGAAAUAGAAUUGGGAUUCUCCCUUUGUGGUAUGGGGGGAAAACCCUAACUAUAACACACCUUCUAAAGAUCCUAUAAGCUUAUUCACAGUAUUUAUGCAAAAUGUUGUUUAUGUGGGUAUCUACCAUUUAAAUAUACAUUCCACAUUUCCAUAAUGUAACUGCAAAAUAUGUGCAGCAUUAACAAUUUUAUGGAUCCUGUGCUUGCAGAACAAUUGGUUUUUAGUUGUUCCACUAUAUGUAAAUGUGUCAACCCAGUUUAAAGUAAAAAUCAAGUUUAAUUCAAUUUUUCCCCUGUUUAUAAAAUGGCACAGCUAAUGAAUUCAACAUCUAAUGCAAAAUUUCCCUCAUCAUAAACUAUUGAGACAUGUCCAACAAAAACUAGAUAUUGUGAUUUUGGUUUUAAUCACUGUUGACCAUAACACAAUUAUCUUUCCCCUAAGAAUAAAAUCAGUCAGUGCACUAACAAUUAUGUACAUUCAACUUGAUUUUAAAUUGGGAUAUUAAUGUACUGUAAAUAGGGUACUGCAUUGUAGUCUACAUCUGUUUAAUACUCUGUACUAUUUAAGAGUUGCUUAAAAGUAUACAAAAUGUACAGUUACUUUCAAGAGCUAACAUUUCUUUUCCCCACAUCUCAAGGGGAUUAAGUUCUUCCUUAAUGGCUAGAACAGUAAUAAAUGAUGCUCCUGUACAUGUAACAUAAGUACUACUGUCUGUCUGUAAUGAAAUCUGCAACUUUGUUUUCCAAAGUCCAUUUUAUUUUGAUCUGUCCAGUAUAUUGCACUAAUUCUUUAGUUAUUUUCAUUAUAUGAAAUCUACCAAGUGUCAGAAAAGAUGAUUUAAUCUAUUUAAAUGUUGAACUGCUAGCAGAAACUUACAUGUGCAGAUUGUAAAUUUGCAGUAAUUGGGCUUAGCAAGGAAAAUGACAGUUCACCAGUGUUUAGUUUUAUAUUGAGGUGCUCAGGUUUGAAUAAAGUGGUAUAAAAAAGGAAAUAA